CAAAGAGCGCAGCCUGCUCCCGGCUCGAAAGCGCGUCACCGCCCGCUGCCACCGCUUGGAAGUUGUCACACAACAACAUGCGUGGACGCCGUGGAAGAGAGACACGCAGCGCGGGGAAGAGAGAGUGACGGAGGAGGAGAGAGGGGGAGGCGAUGGUGGCGCCGAGAAGAAAAAGUCCACGCAGCCAAAAAAGCUGGAGGACGAGGAGGGGAGCCGCGCCAGGAUACCGACCCCCGGCGCUCGCGGCAUCCCGCCUCUAGCGCACCGUGCCCGGCCACACUUUGAGAGAAAAGUUGGGCGGCCGCGCGGUGCCGUUCCUGUACAAUGGUCACAAAUGGGUCUGAGCUGAACAGCACCGCGCCGGACCCCGACGACACCGACCCCGCCGCCGCUCUGAGCCGCCCGGCGUGGGUCACCACAACUUUGGGCUGCUUCCUCAUCUUCACCAUCGUGGUGGACAUCCUGGGCAACCUGCUGGUCAUCUUCUCCGUCUACCGCAACAAGAAGCUGCGCAACGCAGGCAACAUCUUCGUGGUGAGCCUGGCGGUGGCGGACCUGGUGGUGGCCAUCUACCCGUACCCGCUGGUCCUCACCUCCAUCUUCCACAACGGCUGGAACCUGGGCUACGUCCACUGCCAGAUCAGCGGCUUCCUGAUGGGCGUCAGCGUCAUCGGCUCCAUCUUCAACAUCACGGGCAUCGCCAUCAACCGCUACUGCUACAUCUGCCACAGCCUCAAGUACGACAAGCUGUACAGCGACAAGAACUCGGUGUGCUACGUGCUGCUCAUCUGGGCUCUGACGGUGGUGGCCAUUGUGCCCAACCUGUUCGUGGGCUCGCUGCAGUACGACCCGCGCGUCUACUCCUGCACCUUCGAGCAGUCGGCCAGCUCAGCGUACACCAUCGCCGUGGUCUUCUUCCACUUCAUCCUGCCCAUCAUGAUUGUCACCUACUGCUACCUGCGCAUCUGGAUCCUGGUCAUCCAGGUACGGCGGCGCGUCAAGCCCGACAACCGGCCCAAGCUGACGCCGCACGACGUGCGCAACUUUGUCACCAUGUUCGUAGUCUUCGUGCUCUUCGCCGUGUGCUGGGCGCCGCUCAACCUCAUCGGGCUGGCGGUGGCCAUCCGGCCCGAGGUGGUGGUGCCGCUCAUCCCCGAGUGGUUGUUCGUGGCCAGCUACUUCAUGGCCUACUUCAACAGCUGCCUUAACGCCAUCGUCUACGGCGUCCUCAACCAGAACUUCCGCCGCGAGUACAAGCGCAUCGUCGUGUCCGUGUGCACGGCGCGCAUCUUCUUCCAGGACAGCUCCAACGACGCCGGCGAGAGGCUCAAGAGCAAGCCGUCGCCGCUCAUGACCAACAAUAACCAGGUCAAGGUGGACUCGGUCUGAGCGGCCAUUAAGAGACCGAGAGGAAAAGCAAACCAAAUACGAAGAAAAGAAGCCUCAACUGUCCGCAGACUGUGACACGGUGCUAACGGAGCUCUCACAAUCACUACAGCAGGGCUGCACAGACCACUUUGGACCACUUUGGACCACUUUGGACCACUUUGGAGCUGUGGUCCAGUUCCAGUGACUACAUGAUGUCCCCGUGUUCGGGUUUACGGUGAUGAUAUCAAUGUAUCCUUAUUAUUCUAUUAUCAUCAUCAUCAAUGUAUCCACUUUUCUAUCCAACAACGUAGAUGUAUUAGUAAAGGGAAAUACUAUAUCAGGUUCCAGCUAAGCCAAGCCAGACGAGGCCUACAAGACCAGACUUUGGGAAAACUCUGCAACAGGCGGUCCUCCGCUUGCGCGUCACUUCCGUUCCCGGGCUGCCACGGAAGUCCACUUUUAGUCGAAGUCGCGAAAUCCGUAUCUCGCGUCCUCCCAGACCUCCUGGUUACAGCCCUUAGAAUCCACGACCCCCCCGCUUGGGAUGUCUUUCCUUUUCAUUGGCGCACUUCCGCCAGGGCAAAAUAAAAAAUAAAAUUCAACAGGAAAAUCGCAGUCAUUUUAGGAGAAUAUGAGCUACAAUCAUCCAAAAGAAUGUUGUUUCAUAGUCACGUCAAAUUAUGACGUGGGGGGGGAGUCUAUUCCCAAAUAUUUAGGGAUAAAGCCGUGAGGAAAAAAAACAUGGAGUGUAAGAAGAAAAAUUCCCAACUAAAGAUCCACUUUUCUAACAUUGGUUGCGAUACAAAAUGUACAACACCACAGUGGCCCCCACCUUUGAUUUUUCAGUAUCGGUGGCCCCCCUGCACUCGGGGGGACAUCAUGAAGAGUGUUAAAAACCGCAUAGCAACGUGGUAAACAUAUUUUGUUUGCCUAAUGUAUCUUAUUUUGUCUUAUUACUUCAUCUAUAUUGGCUAAUGGAGUGUAAAGUUUACUAUAGGGGUGUUAUUUCACGUCUGGAGGGCUCUAAUAUUAAAAAGUGUAUGUAGAAGGUGGUUAUAUAUAUUUUCUAUCCAAUCCUACUUUGUAGAAAUUCCCUCAUCACAGCCAUAAAGGAGGGAUUACCACGGAAUUUUAUGUCCCACAAAACGUGGGAACUCGGAAUACGGUAAAGCGAGGGACCGCCUGUAAGCGCAGAUGACGUCUUAUGACUAACCCCCCGCCCCCCUCCCAGCCCCUGCAUUAAGUGGAGUAUAUCUUUUAGUAAGGGGGGGGUCCCCUCUAUGCCCCCCCCUCGCUGCCAUCCUGUGAUCCCGUUCUAUAGCGUAUGCAUGGAUAUCAGGAAUUGCUAAAUAAAAAGUGGACAU